CUAUAUGUAGCUCUGCUUGUUAUUUUUCUUCUCUCUCUUUCUUAACCAAAAAGUUGAUAUCAGUUUGAAGAUCAAAAUUGUGCAAUGAAAAAUUUAACUUAGAAUGAAGAGCGAUUAUGAAGUCUGAUAUUUGUGAUCGUAGCUUUCUGGAGAUAAAACUGUUUAACGAGGCAAUUGAGUGUUUUUGCUUUUGUUGUUGUAUUUGGCAAUAAAGAAGAUUAAUGGAAUUUUGUCUAUUUAUUUAGUUCUCUUUGUGUUUUUGUGUCCGUAAAUGCUGUUGAGUUUUAGUGAUUUAAGAAACUUCAGUAAUUGUUUACUGUUGAGUUGUUUUUAUGUGUUUCAGUGUGGAACUGUUGUUGCCUGAUUUAAUUAUCGAGCUUUUCUACAUUCCUCUUUUUUCUUUUUUUGGCGGGAGACAUUCUUCUGUUUGUGCUGAAUGGAUUUUAAGUCUAAAUGUUAGAGAGUAGGUUGCCAUUUACCUUUUUCUUUUUUCGUUGAACGAUUUCUUGACAUUUUGGUGCUUCCUUGUACGACAAAUUAGUGAUUUGAGAUGAGUUGGAACUCGAAUAUGGAGGUUCAUUACACGAGCACUAGCUAUCCUUAUAACUCUGCCGGAAGCUUCAUGGAGUAUUUCGAAGGCCUUACAUAUGAACAUGUGAAUUUCAUUUUUGAUGGUGCUUCCCAUGUUGAGGAAAGUGUAUACCCGUCCAUAAGUGCAAAUUUCUAUAAGUUUGGCAUGUCUCAACCUGGGAGUGGUUCAUACUAUGAUCAUAGUCAUGCUUAUGAGGUCCAUGAUCACAGACCGCAAAUCAAUGACUACAGAAGGCCCCUAGAGAAUUCUUCAACAAUGGUUAACUCACCGGCUGCUGCAGUUAAUGCCGAAUGGGAAGGAAAUGAAAAUCCGAGUACUCAAACUGAUCCUGUCGAAUGUCCUCGGAGACAUCUUAAUGCUCCAGAUAUCCAGGUCAUUUGGCAAGACAAUGUUGAUCCUGACAAUAUGAGUUAUGAGGAAUUACUAGAAUUAGGUGAGGCGGUUGGAAUGCAAAGUCGUGGUCUUUCCCAAGAACAAAUUGCUAUGCUUCCAGUCUCAAAGUACAAGUGCAGCUUCUUCUCAAGAAGGAAAUCAAGAAGUGAAAGGUGUGUAAUUUGCCAAAUGGAAUAUAAGCGAGGUGACCGGCGGAUUAUACUGCCUUGCAAACAUGGCUAUCAUGUUGGUUGUGGGACUAGAUGGCUUAGCAUCAAUAAGGCCUGCCCCAUAUGUUACGUGGAUGUCUUUGGUGAUGCAUCAAAAUGUUAGGAAAUAAUCACUGGUGGACAUAUAGAAGAAGAUUGUCAACUCGUUUUUUUUUUUUUUUUUUUUUUUUCUAUCGUUUGGGUUUUGGGUAAUUUCCCCUGCACAAAUAGUUGUUUGCUUCAGCUUUUCCAUUUUCUGGUGUAGAAAACUAGGUUUUGCAAUAAACAAGCUAUAAACUUUAUGCAAGGUUGAUUUGUCUGAAUCCAGAUACUUGUAUCAACUUUAUAAUUGGUCUAUAUUUCACGGUUCUCUUCAGAAGGAGUUAGUGA